CUUCACGGCGCGCUAGGCCUCCUCCCAGAGCUGGACCGCUCCUGGCGGCCGCCCGCAGCCGUCUGCAUCCUCAGCUUCCCUCCUGGGUCCCAGUGAAGGUCGCAGGCAUCCUCAGGGGCAUGCCGGCAUAGCCCUUUCCAGAUAGAAAAAAAUCUGUGUGAUGUAUGGUGCUUGAGUUUGCGCAAAUAAGUCAGACUCCUCUGUAAAGUAAGCUCAGCUAGCUCUCAGGCCUAGGAUGGAAGAGUCGGCACCAGUGGAAAGCCAGGCUCAGCUCCCAAGCCCCCACCACGGCUCACUUAGGAGGGCAGUGGCUGCUGUCCUGGCCCUGGAUGGGGAAUCCACAUUGGGCCGCAGGAAGAAGAGGAGGAAAGACUCCCGCCCGGAAUCCAUCAUCAUCUACCGGUCAGAUAAUGAGAAGACGGAUGAGGAGCCUGAAGAAUCUGAAGGUGGAGAUCGGCCUAAAGAGGAAGAGGGGGAGGACUUCCUGGACUAUCCUGGGGAUGAUGGUGUGUGGGACACGCCUCUGGACAGCCGCUACGUCACACUAACCGGGACCAUCACACGAGGGAAGAAGAAGGGUCAGAUGGUGGACAUCCAUGUCACUCUGACAGAGAAGGAGCUGCAGGAGCUGACCAAACCCAAGGAGCUGUCCAGGGAAGCAGCCCCCGAGGGAAGGAGGGCCUGCCAGGUUGGGGCAGACCAGGGGCCACACGUGGUUCUCUGGACACUGGUCUGCCUGCCUGUGGUCUUUGUGCUCUCUUUCGUUGUGUCUUUCUAUUAUGGCACCAUCACCUGGUACAACAUCUUUCUGGUGUACAAUGAAGAGAGGACCUUCUGGCAUAAGAUCUCCUGCUGUCCGUGCCUCAUUCUCUUCUACCCAGUGCUCAUCAUGGCCAUGGCCUCUUCCCUGGGGCUCUAUGCCGCCGUGGCUCAGCUCUCAUGGUCCUGGGCAGCAUGGUGGCGAGCUGCCUGUGACAUGGAGAAAGGCUUCUGUGGUUGGCUCUGCAGCAAGCUGGGUCUGGAGGACUGUUCUCCCUACAGCAUUGUGGAACUGCUGGAGUCUGAUAACAUCUCGGGCAAUCUCUCCAACAAGGACCCCAUCCAGGAAGUAGAAACCUCUACUGUCUAGACAUCUAGUGACUUCCUUCCUAGGCCCUAGUUGUCUAUAGUCAUUCAACGGAAUCUAGCAGUUCUUUCCUUAAACUAUCUAAUGCUCUCUACAUUCCUGGGACAGCCUAGCCCACACUGGCGUAUCUCAUCAUCUUCAUUAUUCCAAUAUGACGGAAAAUAGAAAAGCAACUUGUGCCAAAGCCGUGCAUCUGAAAUACAAAUGCUUUUUGACUCUU